AUGAGGGCCUGCGUUUAGGAUUACGAAUAGAUGGAAAAGUAAAGUGAUUAUUUUUGAAACUAAUAGUGCUGUGAGAAGGUGGUCUACGUACGUGUCGAUUCUUCACUCAGCUACGACGCGAAGGCCGAAGGCACGAACGCAAACAAAAAUGAGCGCAUCACAGACGCAGUCGGUGACGCAGCAAUGGCCAUUGCCUACACUACCAUCGAAACUGCUACAGUUUUCGAGUGAGGUGGAGGCAGCGAUGCGGCAGAAUAAAGAGGUUAUCGCGCUGGAAAGCACGAUCAUCAGCCACGGGAUGCCUUUUCCCCAGAAUCUGGAAGUUGCAACGCGUUUGGAAGGGAUUCUCCGCACAGAAAAGACCUGCCCGGCGACGAUCGCAAUUCUUGACGGGAUCGUACACAUUGGCUUGGAAAGGGCACAGCUAGAGUUUUUCGCCAAAACUGGGCCGCAGAUCAGGAAGGUAUCGCGCCGGGACGUCGCAGAUGUGCUCGCGAAGAAGCAGUGCGGUGCGACCACGGUCGCGACAACGAUGCUGUUUGCGGAUUGGACUAAGAAAAUCCGGCUCUUUGUGACCGGCGGGAUAGGCGGGGUCCAUCGGAACGCGGACCAAACGUUCGACAUUUCCGCUGACUUGGAGGAAUUCGGCAGAUCCAAAGUGGCUGUGAUCUGUGCGGGCGCGAAGAGCAUCCUGGACUUGCCCAAGACGCAAGAGGUGCUGGAAACGAAAGGCUGUCCCGUGGUCGGGUUUCGGACCGACGUUUUUCCGACCUUUUUCACCCGCGGUGAAGCGCAGGCACUGCCCGUCGUUUCGAAAGUCAUGUCCGCUACCGAAGCGGCGCACCUAAUCGAAAUCCAGGUCGAGUGCCUGCAGACAGGGCUGGUUCUCUGCAACCCGAUUCCGAAAGACAAGGAAUGCGUGGAGGCCCAGAAGGCCAUAGAGGCGGCGGUAGUAGAGGCAGAAAAGAAACAUAUCUUGGGGAAGGACGUCACGCCGUUUUUGCUGAAACGAGUCAACGAGCUCACGAAAGGGAAGUCCUUGGCGGCGAACAUCGCGCUCGUCGAGAACAACGCGAAGCUGGGUGCGGAAAUCGGAAAGGCUCUGUAUGACCAGAGGCUCGUCCAGAGGACAGCAACUUCUGCCGGCUCCACAGGGCAGCAAGAGCACACGACUGCUGGCGGCGUGACUUUCUCAUCUGCAGCAAGAACGACCUCGUCUAGCAGUAGCGGUUCUUCUUGUGGCUCCACCGGCUGGAAAGUAGAUCAAAAAUCCGAACAAGAGCAAGCUCCUUGCAAAAUCACGGUGAUAGGGGGCGCCACAGUCGACUAUGUGUGUCGACCAGAAGCCACAGCCACUCAAACGUACCAGCUGAAAACGAGUUUACCUGGGAAAGUACAUAUCCAGUGCGGUGGCGUGGGACGAAACAUCGCUGAGGCGAUCUGUAAACUCGCAAACCUGAACCCCGCUGAUGCAGCUGCUCGAUCAACAUCAACAUCCGGAGCCUGCCUUAUUUCGCGGGUCGGCAACGACCCUGCCGGGAUUCUUGUGGAACAGAAUUGCAAAAAACAUUGCAUUAUCCUGUGCAAAAGUAUCGUUUUCGUAGUAAUCGCAGUCAUACAUUACAAAUCUUCUUUCCAAGGCAGACCAGCAUGACAAAUUCCAUUUGUAACGCUGAGCGAAUUUGUAUUGCAAUUACUACUAGAAGUGCGAUGCUUUUGCAGUGCAUAUACAUUUCCCUUGUAAGCAGUGACCACCACGUCGCCCGACAUCAUGCUGACUUUCCCACCAAAGUCGGAGCAGUGCCUUCUUCAGAAGAUCCCACCAUAUUCUUAUUCAGUGCAAAAGUAUUGCACUCGGUAAAUUUUUACAGUCAUGCGUGACAAGUGUACGAGUAACGCUGAGCGCUAACGUUUAUAUAAUAAUCCCCGUGGUAAUGCUAAUUAUCCAAAAUAUCCAGCAUGACAAAUUGCGUUUCUCAUUCUCUUUUUCGAAAAACAAAAAUGUGCACUGCAGUUCACAGUAGUAUGCUACUUUUGCAAUGCAAACCCAACUAGUAGUAGCAGCAGCGCAUUAAGAACCGCCCAGUACGUCGCGGUGAUGGACGACGCAGGAGACUUGGUCUCUGCCAUCGCCGAUAUGGACAUAUUGCAAAACAUCCGGAUCCCGCCGCUCGUCGUUCCUGCAGCUCCUGCAUCAGCCACGACAUCAUCCAGCCACCCGCCCGAGGGAGUAGAUCACGACCAUACGCCGACAUCAAUAGUGGAAACCCGUCCUCCGCAAAGUCUGUUCAUUGUAGAUGGCAACGUGUCCGUUGCGACCUUGCACGAGUUUGCAGCCCGGCUCCAGGAAGUCGAUCCGGCGACUUUGCGAGAACGCUGCUCCCAGAUCUGGUUUGAGCCUGUGUCUACCGUGAAGUCUUUGCGCUUUUACGACCUGAUGGCGUGCUUGAAGCAGAAGCAGAUGAACGAUAUCUGCAGGUGUUCUCUGAUCACGCCAAACUAUGACGAGCUCCGCGCCCUUGUUGCCGAGGGGCAGAAGCGACGAGCGAAGCAAUGGCAAAAAGCCACGGACCACAACACCACGGAAGGGACUGGCACAAAGGAAACCGAUUCUGAACGGGUGCGACUAUUACAUGCGUUCGCGAGUUUGUGCAAGGAACUCUUUGGUAGCGACGCAGUGCCGCCUACGGUCGUGCUCACCUGCGGGAGCGAUGGGUGUUUGGUCUUUUCGCCUGACGGCUCUGCCCUUACUACUUCAUCUUGCAAUCUGCCACGCGCCGCAACGAUCCAGCUGCUAGACAAGAACAUCGCGAAGCUGAAGCUGCCUGUUGUUUCGAAAGAGCGCAUAGUGAACACAACGGGAGCGGGAGACACGCUCAUGGGCGUCUUGGCGUAUGCCUGCGUGUACGAAAAGCUCCCGCUGAUCCAUUCUGUCCUGAUGGGAAUGGAAGCAGCUGCCAUCACAAUCCAGUCCGCCUUUCCGGUCGCGGAGAACCUCAGAGAAAAGCUUUUUUUGACGGAGACCGCUGCAGUGCGUCUUGGAACUGCUGGGGUCGUCACACCGUCAAAGCUGUGACCUGGCCGUAUGUUGUCCGACCGCUUGAUCAAUCGCAAUCAUGUACUACAUCAGGCCUGCUCCUCCUUUUUCCGAUGAAGUGGUGAACAAUUUUCAACAUGGACGCGGUUGCUACACAAUCACAGCGUAAAUACAGAUACACGCCGUCCUGCAUGCUUAUGGGACAAAUACAAGAACUCGCGUCGCUGCAGGCUGCUGCAGAUCGAAAUUCAAGACUCGGACUGGUCGUUCACCGAUGAACAUAAAGUUGUUCCUGAGCAGCAUGCAAGUGGUGCGCACUUCUUCGUGAGUCGAUUUUUGCGUCUCUGACUCUCCGCCGCCCUCUUUCUCAAAACCGCUGACCGGAGAUGGCGCCAUUUUUCCGUUUUGUUAGUCUGAGUCGUAUGUUUGUAAAUCGAGAACGAGAGCAGGACGACCAGGAGUUGUCUGGUCGUGAGAUGUUUCGGUGAGACUGCGAUAUAAUUUUUUGACCUACAACAUAAGCAAAGGCGACAGACCGCAGCAGGUG